AUUACAUAAACCAGCUCCCACUGGACUUCCGGAGUCUAAGAACAACAUUCCUUUCUCUCUCUUUCUGGUCUUCCGGAGUCCAAGAACAACAUUCCUCUCUCUCUCUCUCUCUCUCUCUCUCUCUCUCUCCUAAAACUCAUGUCUUGUUUUAGACACAUUUUCUAUAUUAUUCUCACUCUCACUCUCCUCCAAAAUGUAACCCUUUCCCUAUGCCACACCAAGGGAAUAAGACCCAAGAAAUCUUCAUCAGGAAUUCAGCUCCCAACAAACAUGACCGAAGUCCAAUUCUCAGAAAAGCAAUUCCUGAAAUGGGUUGAUUUCGUUGGGAGCCUAAACCACUCCCUCUUCAAAACUGCAAAGAACAAGCUCGUGGCUUCUUACACAAUCACCGUCGAUAGAAAUCCGGCCACCGGAGAUUUCACUACGAUUCAAGAUGCCAUUGAUUCUCUCCCUUCUGUUAAUCUGGUGAGAAUUGUGAUCAGGAUUCAUGCAGGAGUUUACACGGAGAAGGUUAAUAUCCCUACAUUAAAAGCAUUUAUAACCCUAGAAGGAGCAGGGGCAGAGAAGACAAUUAUUCAGUGGGGAGACACAGCUCAAACACUUGGCCCAAAGGGGCAGCCCAUGGGGACCUUUGGUUCUGCAACUUUUGCCGUGGAUUCUCCAUAUUUCAUUGCCAAGAACAUCACAUUCAAGAACACCACACCAGUGCCAGCACCAGGGGCAAUAGGGAAACAAGCAGUGGCAUUUAGGAUGUCAGCAGAUACAGCAGCCUUUGUAGGGUGCAGAUUCCUUGGGGCACAGGACACACUCUAUGAUCAUACGGGUAGGCAUUACUACAAGGAUUGCUACAUUGAAGGCUCUGUGGACUUCAUCUUUGGCAAUGGCCUCUCUCUUUUUGAGGGGUGUCACGUGCAUGCAAUAGCACAGUUAACAGGGGCUGUAACAGCACAAGGCAGAGGGAGCAUAUUGGAAGACACAGGGUUCUCGUUUGUUAACUGUAAGGUCACGGGCUCCGGAGCUCUCUACCUUGGUAGAGCAUGGGGUCCCUUCUCUAGGGUUGUCUUUGCCUUUACUUAUAUGGACAACAUUAUCAUGCCUAAAGGCUGGUAUAACUGGGGCGACCCUAGUCGCGAAAUGACUGUUUUCUAUGGGCAAUACAAGUGCACAGGAGCAGGGGCAGGUUUUGCAGGGAGAGUGUCAUGGUCAAGAGAACUCACUGAUGAGGAAGCUAAGCCUUUUAUUUCACUUGGCUUCAUUGAUGGCUCUGAAUGGAUCAAGUUAUAAUCAACAACAAAUUCUCUACCAACAUAUAACUCCUUUUUACUCAAAUUUCUCUUGUAAAACCUACCAUCCUCUUCCUUGAUUUCCCCCUUCUUCAUCGUUUAUAUCACAAGAUUGUGAAGGGCACUUUUGACCGACUGAUCUACUUUGAUAGGCUCGACUAACCCCUUCUUAUAAUAAGAAUGUAUAUCCCUAUUCCUGUCUGGUCCAGUAUGGAAUGAACUUGUAAUCAUGAAAUCAACUCCAUCAUCAUAUUAUAGAAAAUAAGUUCAUAA